AUGGCGUUCCGAGACGACGAAGAGGCGCUGCCUUUGACGAGGCACGAUGCCAACCAGACCGACGACAGUGACCAGCCCAGGCCUUCGGCAUCAUCCAUAUCCACCACUUCGCUGGUACUAGAACACCUGUCGAGCCACUUAAAUUCCGUCGAGGCCAAAGAAGCUCUAUACUCGCAACCGCGGUCCGAAGAGUUCGACUUCGACGACAGAGCAGCAUGGAGACACAAGACCCACGGCAUCGACUCCAAGGCUCGUCGCAUUCUAUACAUCGUUGCCUCCAUAGCCGCUAUAGGCUGGCUUGCUGCCCUAGCCCUCUUCCUCAGCUCCGGCUCCCAUAAAUCGCUUGCCAGUCGCCCUCACGAUCCACAUGCCACCAAAACGGCUGGCCAUGGUCAGAAGAUAUCCCUGGAACAAGUCUUGCAAGGACAAUACUACCCUAAGAGUCACGGGAUAUCAUGGAUCGAUGGUGCUCAAGGAGAGGAUGGUCUGUUGUUACAGUGGGGGGAAAAAGGUAGAGACUACUUGGUUGUCGAGGAGGUCAGAUACAUGCAGGAUGCCAGUGCUUCUGGCCAACACAGUAAGACAUUGAUGAAGAACGGCGGCUUCUACCAUGACGGCGAGGCCAUCAGCCCGAGUAACGUCUGGCCCAGCGCCGAUCACAAACACGUUCUCAUCCAGUCUCACAUUCAGAAGAAUUGGAGACACUCGAACACUGGCAGGUACUGGAUCUUCCACGUCGACGGUCAAACUGCUGAACCUCUUGAUCCUGCCGAACCCAACAAGAGGAUCCAGUACGCCUCAUGGUCCCCAAAUAGCGAUGCCGUCGUCUUCACUAGAGACAACAACAUGUACAUCCGAAACCUCUCUGACAACAGAGUGAAAUCUAUCACAACCGAUGGCGGUGCCCAACUCUUCUACGGUGUUCCGGAUUGGGUCUACGAAGAAGAAGUCUUCUCGAGCAACAAGGCCACAUGGUGGUCUGGCGAUGGCAAAUACCUCGCCUUCCUCCGUACUGACGAGGCUGCUGUACCCGAAUAUCCUGUUCAGUACUUCUUCUCAAGACCUAGUGGCAAGCAACCUAAGCCAGGAGAGGAGAACUACCCAGAAGUGCGCAAGAUCAAGUAUCCUAAAGCUGGUGCUCCUAUGUCUAUCGUCACUCUGCAGCUAUACGACAUUGCUCAAGGCCAGGUCUUUACUGUUCCCAUCCAAGGUGACUUCAAGGACAAAGACCGUCUGAUCACCGAAGUCACAUGGGCUGGCCGUAGUGGCAAGGUCAUCAUCCGUGAGACCAACCGUGAGAGUGAUGUACUAAAACUUAUUCUGAUCGAUGCCGAGCGAAGAGAAGGGAAGACCGUCCGAGAGCUCGAUGUGAACGCCCUCGAUGGAGGUUGGUUUGAAGUCUCUCAAACAACAACUUAUAUUCCGUCCGAUCCCGCCAAUGGCAGAGCACACGAUGGUUACAUCGAUACUGUCAUCCAUGAUGGCUACGACCACCUUGCGUACUUCACGCCGUUGGACAACCCUGAGCCAAUCAUGCUGACCCAAGGCAAAUGGGAAGUCGUUGACGCUCCAUCCGCAUUGGACCUCAAGAACAAUCUCGUCUACUUUGUGGCCACAAAGAAGUCGUCUAUCGAGCGCCACAUCUACAGCGUCAAGCUUGAUGCAUCGGACCUCAAAUCCAUCACCAACGAUAGCGAGAUUGGAUACUACUCUGGAUCAUUCUCCAAGGGUGGUGGUUACCUGCUCUUGACAAACAAAGGUCCUGGUAUUCCGUGGCAGAAGGUCAUCAACACUCCUAGCAAUAGCGACAAGCUGGAGAUGACCAUUGAGGAGAACAAGCCUUUGAGGGAGCUUGUUACCAAAACAGAACUGCCCAUCAAUGUCUACCAAACCAUCAACGUUGACGGCUUCGAUCUGAACCUUGUCGAGCGUCGCCCACCGCACUUUGACGAGAGGAAGAAGUACCCUGUUCUGUUCUUCCUCUACAACGGCCCUGCUUCUCAGCAAGUCGAUCGCCAGUUCCAUCUCGACUUCCAGUCCUAUGUUGCCUCAUCUCUCGGCUACAUAGUCGUCACUCUUGAUGGCCGUGGUACCGGCCACCUCGGCCGCGCCACCCGCUGUAUCGUACGUGGUAACCUUGGACACUACGAAGCGCACGAUCAAAUCGCCGCUGCCAAGAUGUGGGCCGCGAAGAAAUAUGUUGACGCCGAACGCAUAGCCAUAUGGGGCUGGAGCUACGGCGGUUUCAUGACUCUGAAGACCCUCGAGCAAGACGCCGGCCGUACUUUCAAGUACGGAAUGGCUGUGGCUCCCGUGACCGAUUGGAGAUACUACGACAGCAUAUACACUGAACGCUACAUGCACACACCCCAGCACAACCCCAUCGGCUACGAAAACUCGACCAUCUCAGACGUGGAUUCACUCUCCAAGAAUGUCAGGUUCUUGGUCAUGCACGGUGUUGCUGAUGACAAUGUGCACUUCCAAAACACGUUGAGUCUGUUGGACAAACUAGAUCUAGCGAAUGUGCAGAAUUACGACGUGCACUUUUUCCCCGACUCGGAUCACAGCAUCUACUUCCACAAUGCUAACAGAGUUGUGUACGAGAAACUGAACAACUGGCUCAUCAACGCUUUCAAUGGCGAGUGGUUGAGGACACCAAAUCCCACACCAUUGGCGCAGAUUGAGAAGUAG